AUGUCGCCGUCUUCCAACGGCGACUCGCCGCACUCGGUCACAGCUACCAUGACUACGGCCACCAGCGCCACCGUCGUGCGGCAGUAUCCGAUGCCCAGCCGCGACUUCACCGUUGAUAUCCCUCCACCACAGCUUCCCACCGCACCCAAUGGCGCCAACUCACUCAAAUCCCCAAAUUCGUUGAAGGCAGCAGCGGCGGCGGCGGCGGCGGCGGGCCGGGCCCCGAAUUUCAGCCGGGAAGGUAUUCUCGGAUCGGCGCAAAAGGCCCGGAACUUAUCACAGUCGUCGGAUAACCGACCGGAGGCCGUCUUGAAUGGCAUCCCCAAAUCUGUGAGCGAGGAGAGCAUUAAUCCAUUGAAGAGGAGAAACACAGACGCCGCGGUGGACUACCCAAGGCGAAGGGCAACUAUUGCUUGUGAGGUAUGCCGCUCGAGAAAAUCCCGAUGCGACGGCACAAAACCGAAGUGCAAGCUCUGCACAGAGCUCGGAGCGGAAUGCAUUUACCGGGAACCCGGCAUCAAGCUUGAUGCCGGGGACAAGCUCAUCCUCGAACGCCUGAACCGAAUCGAGAACUUGCUCCAGAUGAACAUGGUCGGACAGGGCAAUGGUAUCAACCUGUCCCACGGUGACUCGCCAAAUAUGAGCAACGGCACAGCCCUCAGCGGCGACAACCUCAUGGUGCGCGACGCGAACAAUAAUUUUGUCUCCAUCAUCCCCAGUGGCGGGCUGGGCACCUGGUCCGCAACGGCCACUAACAUUUCAACGAUGCCAAAGGUUCAUACGAAUGCGGCGCUGCAUCUGCUCCAAUGGCCCCUCAUUCGAGACCUGGUUUCCCGCCCUUACGACCCUCAAAUCCUCCUCCAGCUCGAGAUGGCCCGCGAACCGCUACACUCGCUCGCCAAGACGCCCUGCGUGGACCUGUCCAACACGAACGCCUACAUCGAAGCCUACUUUGACCGAGUCAAUAUCUGGUACGCCUGCGUCAACCCGUACACGUGGCGAAGUCACUACAGGAUCGCCCUCUCCAACGGCUUUCGAGAAGGUCCUGAAAGCUGCAUUGUGCUCCUAGUCCUGUCUCUUGGUCAAGCGAGUUUGCGGGGGAGCAUAUCGAGGAUCGUCCCCCACGAAGACCCGCCAGGUCUGCAGUACUUCACGGCCGCCUGGUCCUUGCUUCCUGGGAUGAUGACCUCCAACAGCGUGCUAGCCGCCCAAUGCCACCUUCUCGCCGCCGCCUAUCUUUUCUACUUGGUCCGACCCCUGGAAGCCUGGAAUUUACUUUGUACCACGAGUACAAAGUUGCAACUGCUGCUCAUGACGCCAAACCGUGUCCCCGCGGAUCAAAGAGAGCUAAUCGAGAGGAUCUACUGGAACUCGCUUCUUUUUGAAAGCGAUCUGCUGGCCGAAUUGGACUUACCUCACUCUGGUGUGGUCGCUUUCGAAGAGAACGUCGGUCUACCCUGUGGGUUCGAGGGCGACGAGCAAGAGGCGGUCGGACGCGACGAGCUGUGGUAUUUCCUGGCCGAGGUGGCGCUGCGGAGGCUCCUAAAUCGUGUUAGCCAACUCAUCUACUCCAAGGAUUCCAUGGCCUCGACCACCAGUCUCGAACCAGUCGUCGCAGAACUGGACUUCCAGUUAACGCAGUGGUACGAAAGCCUCCCAGUGCCCCUCCAGUUUCCUUUUACGCGGACCAUGCUCCCGGAUCCUGUACAAACGGUGUUGCGUCUGCGGUUCUUCGCUUGUCGAACCAUCAUUUAUCGACCCUACAUUCUCGCGGUGCUGGACAACGAGCAGGCGAUCUUGGACCCCGCGGUACGGGACAGCUGUACCAAGUGUCUUGAAGCCUCCGUCCGGCAAUUAGAGCACAUAACUGCGCAUCACGCCGGACACAUGCCAUAUCUCUGGCAGGGCGCUCUCUCCAUUGUGUCGCAAACGCUGCUUGUGAUGGGCGCGACGAUGUCGCCAUCAUUGUCUGCGAUUCUCUGGAGUCUCGUUCCUCACCGCGAAGCCAUUGACCAAAUCAUCAAUGAUGUUGUCAUGGAGAUUGAGCGUUAUGCCGUUCUCUCGCCGAGUCUCAGUCUGUCCGCUGAGAUAAUCAAGGAAGCUGAAGUCCGCCGCCGGACCUUCCUGAGCGGUUGA